CUUUCUUUCUCUCCGGUUUUUCUUUUCCCACCCCUCCCACCUUAUCUAUCCACCCGCCUGGUUGUCCUUCAGUCCGUUUCUCAGCCUCUUGGUCACUUCCACUCCCCCGCUUCGUUCUGUCAUCUACUUCCUUGACGAGCAUUCUCCCUCCCCUAAGGGUUCUUGUUAACGCAAAGUACCCGACUUCUUUACUGUUAGGUUGAGGGGCUCUUGAGCUUGAGUCACGCUCCUCAUCGCAAUGUUCUUCUCCCAGCUACCGACUCAUCUCCAGCGCGCUACCGAGCUACAGCAGGAGCCCCCUAAAGGCAAACCUUACGGCGUUGCUUUACCGGGCACCGAAAAACCAGGGCGCUCUCCCGUCUACCGGACCUGGAACUCAGCCAAAGAACUAGUGAAAACACUAGAUCCUAACGUCGCUACUGCGCAUGACAUAUUUGAGUCGACCGCCAGUAGGGUGCCCAAGAGUGACUGCUUGGGAUGGCGCCUAUAUGAUCCGAUAGCUAAGGCCUACGGCCCAUACCAGUGGAUGGACUACGAAACGGUCCAGAGGCGACGUACAGCUUUUGGUGCUGGUCUAGUCGAGCUACAUCAGAAACAUGGCUGCGAUCGCCCUGGCCAGUAUGGAAUUGGCUUAUGGUCCCAGAACCGCCCAGAGUGGCAACUGACUGACCUUGCCUGCAUGUCUCAAAGCCUGUACUCGGUCUCCAUUUACGACGUUCUCGCGGCAGACGCUACGGAGUACAUCAUCAACCACGCCGAGUUGCACUGUGUUGUGACUUCUUUGCCUCAUAUCCCUACUCUGCUGAAAUUAAAGCCAUUGUUGCCCGGCCUGAAAAUCAUUGUCAGCAUGGAUCCUCUGGAGACUGGGGAACCCGCCGGCCUUUCGAAGCGCGCGCUCCUCGAAUCGAUUGCGGCUGGGCUGGAGGUUUCCAUUUACACCAUCGAGGAGGUGGAAGAGCUUGGGAUGUUUUCGAAACGUACCUGCAAUCCCCCAGGCCCAUCUGACAUAGUUACCAUAAAUUAUACGUCCGGCACCACAGGGAAUCCCAAAGGGGUGGUCCUGACCCAUGAGAAUACUGUCGCGGCAACUUCAAGCGGCCUCGUAGUAACCACGCAGGUACCCGGUGAUACUCUGGCAUCCUAUCUUCCACUAGCACAUAUUUAUGCACGACUGUCGGAGCAUGCAGCAUUCUGGGCGGGGGCUCGAAUUGGCUACUUCCAUGGCAAUAUGCUGGAACUUGUCGAUGACUUGAAAGUCCUCAAGCCUACUGGAUUCAUGUCGGUCCCAAGACUGUUCAGUCGCUUCGGAAAUGUCAUUCGCUCGGCUACUGUGGACCAGCCCGGGUUCAAGGGAGCUUUGUCGAGACACGUUGUUGCGGCGAAGACAGCGAACCUGGAGAAUCCCGAUGCUAGCAAAGCCACAAUAAAGCAUACGGUAUAUGAUCGCAUCUGGUCGAAAAAGGUUUCCGCGGCGCUUGGUCUGGAGCGCACUAGGGUGAUGGUCUCUGGUUCUGCGCCUCUGGACCCGACCCUCCACCAGUUUUUGAGACUGGCUACUGGUACCGAUAUAAUCCAAGGUUACGGGUUGACCGAAACAUACGCCAUUGCAUGCGCUCAAUCCCCGCGAGAUCUGACUGCCGGAAAUUGUGGGCGACUUGCUCCAUGCAACGAGGCCUGCUUGGUCUCUCUUCCGGACAUGGACUACUCGGUCGAUGAUAAGCCUUUCCCACGGGGUGAACUGCUCUUACGUGGAGGGAACAUCUUCCGUGAGUAUUAUAAGAAUCCAGAAGAAACGGCCAAUGCGAUGACUGAAGACGGAUGGUUCCGGACCGGCGACGUCUGCACCAUCGAUGAUAUGGGCCGAAUCAUAAUCAUUGAUCGUCGCAAGAAUGUCUUGAAGCUGGCGCAAGGAGAAUACAUUUCCCCUGAGCGUUUAGAGGGCGUUUACCUGUCUGAGCUGGGUUACUUGGCACAGGGCUAUGUCCAUGGUGAUAGUGUACAGAGUUUCUUGGUGGGUAUCUUUGGCGUGCAGCCUGAAUCAUAUGCACCGUGGGCCAGCAAAGUGCUCCGCCGAAGCAUUGAAGUCACGGACAUUGACGGCAUCAAAUCGACUUUGGAUGAACCUCAGAUACGUCGCGCGGUGCUGCGGGAUCUUGAUCGCGUUGCAAAGAAACACAAACUUGCUGGCUACGAGAAAAUCAAGAACUGCGCGCUGAUGCUGGACCCUUUUACAGUCGAGAACAAUCUAUUGACUCCGACUUUGAAGCUGAAGCGUCCCCCGGCUGUGAAGAAGUAUCGCCAAAUCCUGGACGACCUAUAUACGAGGGCGUUGGCUGAGGAAGCCGCUCCGAAAGCCAAGCUCUAGGAGACACUGACCUCGAUAAUAUGUUUGUGCUAAAAUCCAGGAGAGCAUGCUAGCCAGUUAAACUGCCGGAGCCGCCUUGUAGAUAUUUUCCCUGUGACUUUUCUCUUUUUCCGUGAUUUAGCACUUAAGUGAUUUUGGGAUUCAAGGCUGAGCUUUUGAGCAUGGUCAAAGGGCUGUUCAACCCUGGGUUUCUUUCUUUUGUGUUGGGGGUGGAUAAAGUACUGUACAGUACUGUACUGGAGUUACUACAUAGAUAAGGCAGUCACGAUUCUUAACACCGGAGAUUUGAAGGUUGCGAACAAGAAAACAUACGAUUGUCUAGGAGACUGAACUUGGGUUGGGCCAUGCUUAGAAAUGAAAUAGAUAGGCAUCACUAGUAUAGUGAAG